AAAUAGAGAACACAGUUUUAAUUUAAAAAAAAAAAAAGAAACAAGAAAAAAUUGGUUAAAUAUGAGCCACACAAAAUUUUACCAGCACCUGUGCCGCAGUGAAGCCGAAUCCCAAAAAGACAACCACUUUUCCCCUUCCGCACCUCACCAUCACCAAGACAGAGACACAGACGGAAAGAGAAAGAGUUUAGCGCUGCAAUAAUGGCGAGUGUUAAGGGAGAGGAAGUAGUGAGCAACAAGCAGGUGAUACUGAGGGACUAUGUCACUGGUUAUCCCAAGGAAUCGGACAUGUACGUGACGACUGGUAGCAUUAAGUUGAAGGUUCCAGAGGGUUCAAAUGCUGUUCUGGUGAAGAACCUCUACUUGUCCUGCGAUCCCUACAUGCGAAGCCGCAUGAAGCCAGCCACUAAUGCCAGCUACAUCGCCUCCUUCACGCCCGGUUCGCCCAUUGUUGGACGUGGAGUGGGUAAAGUUUUGGAUUCUGCGCAUCCAAACUUCAAGAAAGGUGACUUGGUUUGGGGAAUGACCGGGUGGGAAGAAUAUAGUCUCAUCACGGAAACUGAUUCUCUGUUUGAAAUUCAACACACAGAUGUGCCUCUUUCCUACUACACUGGAAUUCUUGGUAUGCCUGGUAUGACUGCUUAUGUUGGUUUCUAUGAAGUUUGUUCUCCUAAGAAAGGAGAAUACGUCUUCAUUUCUGCAGCUUCUGGUGCUGUUGGUCAGCUUGUUGGGCAGUUUGCUAAAUUGUUGGGUUGUUUUGUUGUUGGAAGUGCUGGAAGUAAAGAAAAGGUUGAUCUUUUGAAGAAUAAAUUUGGUUUUGACGAUGCUUUCAAUUAUAAGGAAGAGCCUGACUUGGAUGCAGCUUUGAAAAGGUAUUUCCCAGAAGGCAUUGACAUUUACUUUGAGAAUGUUGGGGGUAAAACACUUGAUGCAGUGCUCCUAAACAUGAGAAUCCAUGGCCGCAUUGCUGUAUGUGGAAUGAUCUCACAGUACAACCUUGAUCAGCCUGAAGGCGUGAAAAAUUUGAUGUUUCUCAUAGUCAAGCGAAUCCAUAUGCAAGGAUUUUUAGUUUCUGAUUACUAUCACCUCUAUCCCAAGUUCUUAGACACUAUGCUGCCUUAUAUCAGAGAAGGGAAGAUAGUGUAUGUGGAAGACAUAGCUGAAGGCCUUGAGAGUGGCCCAGCUGCCUUGGUUGGCCUUUUCAGUGGUCGCAAUGUUGGAAAACAAGUUGUUGUAGUUGCUCGAGAAUAAUUUGUCCCCGUCUUUUGCACCUGUUUGUGGCGUUGCUGGAAUGAAUUACUUGUCUAGUGCUACCGUGUGUAUUGUUUUUCUACUGUUGCGAGUUGGGGCCAAAUGAUUACCGGAGUUCGAAAUGUAAAAUUAGUCCAUAUAAUUGUUGGUGUGACGACCCUUUUUUUUAACAUACAAA